AUGGAUUCAACAUUUGGCAGUGUGUUUCUCUUUCUCACGGACUUGGCAUGGAAGAGUCGCCUAACCAUCCCAGUGCUUGUCACCACAGCCUUUCUGGUCAUGGAUAUACGACUGCAGAUCGAGAUUAACAUACAGACUGGUCAAGUGAAUGCUAGUGAUCUUGACGAGUCCGAGGAUGAUGGCUUCGAGGAACAUUUAGCCGCGCACGGCGUGCACCACAUGGACGACGAUAGCGAAGCCUAUAGUGACGAUCUCGAGGAGUACAACAGCGAGUACACCAACGGAGAUGGCAACAGCAGCAGUCGCAGCAAUAGCGACGCCGCUUCACAUUAUAGCGCGGGUAUUUACGAUGAUUUGGGAUCCGAUUAUGAUGCUGAGAAUGAGCUCGAGGAUUAUUAUGCACUUCUAACCAGACCACCUCGAGUAUAAAUUUGAAUUAGUAAUGUGUAAAUGCUAAAUUUACUUGAUUAUAGUAUAGAUUAGAUGUUUCUUAUAUAGUACUACUUACAACAAACUGCAUGUAAUAUCCAAGAUAACUUAUUUCAUAUAUAUAU